GGAGUGGUAUUGAUAGUGCACCUGGUGCACCGCUUCCGCUAUUAACAUCUGCCGGAGGUGUUUUGCGAAGUUCAAGCUUCGUUUUUUUCCGCAUUUAUUUGUAAAAUAAGGGGAUUUAAAAAGCAUCAUUGUUGUUAUCAUGGUGACUUUGUAAAAGCGUCGGUUUAUUUUUUGCGGACUGAAUGAUGGUGUAACACGGACACUUUCCCCUCUGUGUUUCCGACACUAGCAGCAGGUAGCUACAGUAGCUAAGGCGUGUGUGUGUGUGUGUGUGUGUGUGAGGGUCAGCGAUGCUGACGCUGGCGAGUAAGCUGAAGAAGGAGGAGGGUGUGAGAGCGACCGGAGCGGCGUCAGGCUCCAACGAAGCCCCACACAGAGUGUCCAUACGAGACCGGCUUCUUAUCAAAGAAGUUGCAGACCUCGAGGCAAAUCUUCCUAAUACCUGUAAGGUCCUGUUUCCUGAUGUGAACAAGCUCCAUCACUUUCAGCUCACCAUUUCUCCAGAUGAAGGAUAUUAUCAGGGAGGAAAGUUUCAAUUUGAAAUAGAUGUUCCCGAAGCCUAUAACAUGGUGCCUCCUAAAGUUAAGUGCUUGACGAGAAUAUGGCACCCAAAUAUUGCGGAGACGGGGGAAAUCUGUCUGAGCUUACUGCGUGAACAUUCAAUCGACGGCACGGGGUGGGCUCCGACACGCACGUUAAAGGAUGUAGUAUGGGGCUUGAAUUCACUAUUUACUGAUCUUCUUAACUUUGAUGAUCCACUGAACAUAGAUGCAGCAGAGCACCAUUUACGGGACAAGGACGACUUCAGGUGCAAAGUGCAGGACUUCAUCAAAAACUAUGCAAGAUGAUGCGCACGUCGUACGCACCGCUCACAGUUACGCCCCGAGACCCACCGAGCUGAAAAAUCCCGCAGCGUUUACACAACGGGAAGACGAGAGAAGGAUUGUGUGGAUCUCGAAUCUUCAGCAUGAACUAAGGGGGGGUGGGGUGGGGGGGUUCAUGUGGGAGGGUAUUUGGGAUUCCUUUUUCCUUUUUAAUUAUCGCUCAGGGCUGAUUUGCGGAAGCCCACAAUCGCUGCCACAGCUGGUUCUGCAUCAUCUACAGCUAAUGAAAAGAGAAUAAUAAUAAUAAUAAUGAUAAUAAUAAUAAAAUUAUUCAAGGCAAUCAUAAAACGACGAGCGCUCUCUUUUCCCUCAUGUGAUCUCACGCUACUAAUAACAGCCUGCACGCGCUGAUUUCUUUUUUUUCCUCGUUAUUUUAUGUCUGAUGUCCAGCAGUGAAUGCCACGACCGCUCCUAAUUUUACACGGAAACGUAUACUACAACACGUCUGGAGUCUCACGUUGCUUGAUCUGUGCACGAUAUAUAAAGCCGCACUCCCCGAUUCCCCGAUUCUCUGACUGAGUAAAGAGACUGUUUAAACUCC